CGGCUAUACAUGGCGCCCACCCCUCCCUGCUCAUCGAGCUCCUCUCGAUCUCGGUCGGGCGGGAGUUGUGCGUAAGCCACGUACGGCAGGUUAGAACUUAGAGAGAUAACACGAGAGCUGAGUGGGUGAGUGAGUUUUCCCAUGUUGCUCCGGCUGAAGAUUGUUACCGUCCAGCCUGCAGCCGCGUCGCUCCACCAUGGCUCAACCGCACCUCGACGGCGACUCGCCCUGCAAGGCGGCGGCAGGGCGUCGAAGAGGACGACGAGGACCAAGAGGCUGAAGACGGUGGCGAAAGCGUUGAAGGAGGAGGGGGAGCCGGAAAGCAGCCGCAGCCGCUUCCCCGGCGGCGGCCCGAGCUGGGAUCCCGGGCUGGAGAUUGGAGUCCCUUACGACCAAAGACCGGUCAACGAGUACUCGGCCUUGAAGGAUAGCAUCCUGUACUCGUGGGCAGAGCUGAGCCCGGGCUCCUUCUUCAUGCGCCUGGGAAGCCUUUGCCUGGUCACUUUUACUGUUCUGGCGGCUCCAAUCUCAGCCGCGAGUUUCAGCCCUGGAAAGGAUCCACUCAAGUUUGUGCUAGCUGCUGGGAUUGGAACUCUGCUCCUGGUGUCCCUGGUGGUCCUCAGGAUCUAUCUGGGAUGGAGCUAUGUUGGUGAUAGGCUGUUGUCGGCAGUUGUUCCGUAUGAAGAAACUGGAUGGUACGACGGACAGAUGUGGGUUAAGCCACCCGAGGUGCUGGCUCGCGACAGGCUCUUGGGAUCUUACAAGGUAAAGCCGGUGAUCAACCAGCUGAAGCAGACUCUCGUGGGCACGGGCGCGCUGCUCGUUGGGGCGGUUUCUCUCUUCGCCUUCGCCGCCCCGGUCCAGGACUUCGUCCAUUCCUUUAACGCAGCCCCCUCUGCAGCCUCCUCCUCUAAGCCAACCAUGAGGAGAGAGGAGCUGCUGAGGCUGCCUGCGGAGGUGAAGACAGACGACGACCUGGCCGCGGCAGCUGCGGAGGCCGCUGGUGGACGACCUGUUUACUGCAGGGACCGUUACUACCGGGCGCUGGCCGGCGGGCAGUACUGCAAGGGAGAGGACCUGCUCAACUGAUAGAUAGAUAAAAUGCCUACGUGUUCUGAUAUAUGCAGUUUGCCACACUUAUAUGAAAUGAAAGAUUAUAUGCAAAUGUAUCUUAUCAGAAUGAAAUUUUGCGACGAUCCAUGUUGCCGAUUCUGUAAUAGAUGGCUCCAUCAUACAGUAGUAUAUA